GUUUGGAGGGAUGUUUUUGUUUAUACAAAGCCAUCGUUUAUCAUCUCACAAUUACCUCCAGAGUGCCUUUGCGAUGCUGGACCGACUGGGGAGUCCGUAUGAACGGUGCUAAGGACAGAUUGUCAGUCUUGGGUGCUGGCAUUUAACCUCUGGUUUUUGCUGUACCUGGAAUUAAUUACUACAAAUUUAAACCGUGCCCAGCCUGCCCCCUCCCCUCUCGUGAGAUCUUAGACACAAAUCUUGGCAUGCAGGGAAGAAAGAGUUAAACAAAUGAACCGUGGACAGCCAGCCAGCAGCAACCAAUGGAGCCUAAAGAUUGAUUCACUUCCUGCUUCAGACUCACUUUAACUCCUGGGUUUCACAAACCUAAUUUGGACUGAGCGACCUGCCUCUUCACCCCUCAUUGGCGCAGCCACGGCUUCCCGGCAGACGAAAUGUUGCCAUUGGCCAGCAGAGCUGCCAAUAACUCCGUGGUUGCUGAUUUGGCUCCCUUGCCUGGUAGAUGUCAAAGGCUGAAGCUGCUCCCUUUGCCACAUUAUAACUAGUAGGGGAUCUACACCAGCCAUGGCCACAGCUGCCUCUAAUCCCUACAGCAUUCUCAGUUCCAGCUCCUUAGUCCAUGCAGACUCUGCGGGCAUGCAGCAAGGGAGCCCUUUCCGAAACCCUCAGAAACUUCUCCAAAGUGAUUACUUACAGGGCGUUCCUAGCAAUGGGCAUCCCCUCGGACACCACUGGGUGACCAGCCUCAGCGAUGGGACUCCCUGGUCCUCCACGCUAGCCACGAGCCCUCUCGACCAGCAAGACGUGAAGCCAGGAAGAGAAGACCUCCAGCUUGGCGCAAUCAUCCAUCACAGGUCGCCUCAUGUGUCUCACCACUCGCCCCAUACAAAUCAUCCCAACGCGUGGGGAGCCAGUCCUGCCCAUAACUCAUCGAUAACCUCCAGCGGGCAGCCUAUUAAUGUCUACUCCCAGCCUGGCUUCACAGUCAGUGGCAUGUUGGACCAUGGGGGGCUUACACCACCUCCAGCCUCCGCCACUACCCAAAGCUUGCACCCGGUGCUGAGGGACAGCGCCGACCACGGGGAUAUCGGCUCCCACCACUGUCAGGAUCACUCGGACGAGGAGACGCCGACAUCCGACGAGUUGGAACAGUUUGCAAAGCAGUUCAAACAAAGGCGGAUCAAGUUGGGAUUCACUCAGGCAGACGUGGGGCUCGCGCUGGGGACUCUCUAUGGCAAUGUCUUCUCCCAGACCACUAUCUGCAGGUUCGAAGCGCUGCAGCUCAGCUUUAAGAACAUGUGCAAACUGAAACCGCUGCUAAACAAGUGGCUGGAGGAGGCAGAUUCUUCCACGGGCAGCCCGACCAGCAUUGAUAAAAUAGCAGCCCAAGGCAGGAAACGAAAGAAGAGAACCUCGAUAGAGGUGAGUGUCAAAGGGGUGUUGGAAACUCAUUUUCUUAAAUGUCCCAAACCGGCAGCCCAAGAGAUCUCCUCCUUGGCAGACAGCCUGCAGCUAGAGAAAGAAGUGGUGCGUGUCUGGUUUUGUAACAGAAGACAAAAAGAGAAAAGAAUGACUCCGCCAGGGGAGCAGCAGCAGCAUGAGGUUUAUUCUCAUAACGUGAAAACAGACACAUCCUGCCAUGAUCUUUGACUAUAGGGCUCGGCUCGCAGACAGGACUGGGAACAGCGCGGAUUUUCUAAGAGGGGUUUAACUUAUGCUUAAAGAGGAAACAAAAAAAAA